CCCGGCCCUUAGCCAAACCAGACCGGGGGAAUUGCGCCCCCGAGUCAGCCGCACCUGCAGCGAGAAAAGAGCGAAAACUCGCCGCUAGCUGCCGCGAAUAAAGCGACACCCUAGCGAUAACGUAGCGACGCCUCAGACUCAUCCAUUAUGAUGGAUUAUGACAAUUGGAAAUAGUCACCAACCGAGAAGUACAGAUGUAUAAGAUGCAUUCAACCUUCCUCUUAUAGAGGCUACGACACAAUAUAGCUAUCUAUCAAGCAAAACAUCACAUUCUCACCAUCUAGAUCUCAAAUUCCUCUUCUCGCCUCAAAAGAAAAUAGACCAAUCCACCGAAGCCAUGACGCAAAAGAAAAUCGCAUUCCUCGGCGCAAGCACCGGCGUGGGUCUAGCGACCCUGAAGACCUGCCUCGCCGCAGGCCACCAGUGCAUCGCGCUGUGCCGGAACCCGGCCAAGCUGGGCGCGCACUUCGACCUCGACAAUACGCCCAACCUAGUCGUCGUGCAGGGCAACGCGCACGACAUCGCAGCCGUGUCACGGUGUCUGAAGGCGUCGGAGACCGCGCUCGUAGACGUGGUUGUGUCCACGAUCGGCGGCGCCUUCGUGCUGUCCAAGAUGACGUUGGACGACCCGCACGUAUGCGAGAAGGGCAUGUCCGUGCUUCUCUCCGCGCUCUCCCGCCUGCGAAAGGAGGGGGUAACGGGGCGCCCGCACGUAAUCGCGUGCAGCACGACGGGCAUGUCGCGCUUCGGGCGCGACACGCCGCUGCCCGUCGUCCCCUUCUACGGCGUCGUGCUGAAGGUGCCGCACGCGGACAAGCGGGCGAUGGAGGACGCGCUCGCGGCCAGCGGCGAGGACUUCAUCGUCGUGCGCGCGAGCCUGCUGACGGACGGCGAGACGGACAGGGAGGUCCGGGUCGGGAUCGAGGAUCCGGUGAAGGGGGUCGAGUCGAAAGCCAUAGGGUACACGAUCUCGCGCGAGGACGCGGGGAAGUGGGUCGCGAGGAAUUUGGUCCUGCGGAGGGAGGAGAGGUAUUGCAAUAAGACGGUGACGAUUACUUACUAGAGGAAUGUGGGGUGCAUUUGUAUUACUAGAUAGGCGGGAUGGUGAAUACUGGGAAUUGCAUUGGCCAGGCGCUCCGGGUUUGGUUCGAUGAUGAGGGCUUGGUUGAUAGACAGGCGUUAUACCCGAUGGUGUAAAGGUAAUAUAUCCUUCCACCCAAAACGGACCCCUUCAGCAUGUAAUAAAUUAGUUAAAAGGGAUUAACGUAUCAUCGAUAAGAAAAUGCACAAGUAAGCUUACCGACGUAUA